UAUAUAUAUAUAUAAAAAUGAGUCCAAGAGAAGAAGAAGAUAUUGCAAUUAGUUAUUUGAAAGAAAGAAGACCUUCUAUUCGACCACAAACAACAUCAGAUACUGUUCAUGGUGAUAUUCCUCUUCAUACCAUUAGGCCUAAAUCAAUUCAUAGUGAUAGUGACGAUACUACUAUACACUCUGGUGAUGCUGAUUCUGUUACCAACGUUGCAACAGGAACACAAGAAUUUAGUUUACCUCCUGUUGAUGGUGGUUUCGAUGCUUAUCUUGUCUUAGUGGCUGGUUUUUUGGUAGAAGGUUUUACUUAUGGCUUACCAUUCUCUUAUUCUGUCAUGCAACAGUACUAUCAACGUUCUCCUGAAUUCAUGGAUGCAAGUAUUACAAUGUUGGCACUUGUAGGUACUUUGACUACUUCAGUCACAUAUAUAGGUGGAGCUAUUGUGGGUGUUUUAGGUGGAAGAUUUAGUUUGAAAUCAAUGAUGGUUGCUGGUUCUUUAAUGAUGGUGGUAGGAUUGGUGGCAGCAAGUUUUGCAAAUCAAGUAUGGCAACUUAUCCUUAGUCAAGGCAUUUUGUUGGGUUUAGGUGGUUCUUUUGUUUAUAAUAGUUUCAUGACUUUUGUACCCAUGUAUUGGUUCAAAUAUCGUGGUAUAGCAACUGGUAUUAUUUUUGCAGGUGCUGGUGUAUUUGGUUUGAUUUGUCCUAUUGUGGUGGAAAAAGGAUUAAAUGCACUUGGAUUCCGUUGGACUCUUCGAAUCAUGGCAUUGUUCGUAUUGGUACUUUGUCUUGGUUCUUGCCUUGUAGUACGACCUCGAUAUGCACCUGAUGCCACUAGAGUCAAGAAACUUAAUAUUUCAAGAAAAGAUUUCAAGUUUGUUACCACAAGUAAAUUUAUCACUUUAGGUCUCGCUGUCUUAUUCCAAGCCAUUGGUUAUUUUGUUCCUAAUCUAUUUAUCCAACCUUAUGCUCUUUAUACUGGUGUCUCCAAUGAAACUUCAACAACUCUUCUCUCAGUAUUGAAUGCCACCACCAUUGUUGGACAAUUGUUUUUAGGAUUCGUCUGUGAUCGUUUUGGAUAUUGGAUUGCUAUUGUUGCUUCCUCUGCUAUUGCUUCUCUUAGUACCUUUUUCCUAUGGGGUUUUGCUGGAAAUUCCUUACCUAUUUUAAUUACUUACGUUGUUGUUUAUGCUCUUUCUUCCUCUGGAUUCUCAACUUGUUUUACAACCAUGGUAUAUGAUAUUUCUGGUGCUGAUCCUAGAAGCUUUAUCUUGGUCAAUGGUGCAUUUAUGCUUCUUCGAGGUAUUGGCAAUGUAGUGGGCAAUCCAUUGGGUUCCUUGUUUUUGACUUCGGCUUCAUCACUUUCCAGUGGAUGGCAUGAUAUCACCUAUUUUGUUGGUAGUACUUUGUUGGCUAGUGCUAUUUGUGGUGCUAUUCGUGGUGCCAUGGUGAUCCGUGCUCGUUGAAUGACUUUAUAUCUCACUUAUUAUAAUUUAGUUUUUUCCCCCUUCUCUUUCCCAUUGUACAGUAACAGAUAAAAAUUUUAGAUAUAUAAUAAACAUUAUAUGUAC